CCUUCUCUCCUUCUCUUCCUUCCAUCUCCUUCUCUUCCUUUCCUCUUCUUCGCCGACUCACCACAUCUUCGCCUCGCCCGUCGGCACCAUUAAUCUCUCACCAUCAAAUACUUCUGCCCUGCAGCAUGUAUACACUGCUCCUCUUCACCAAUUACAAGAUUCACUUUCAGCCCUUUUCCUCGCCUUCACAACUCACCAUCCCCCACUCCCUUCAUCCUUGGACGCCAUGGCCCACGUACCCCAUGAGGAGCUUCAUACGGCGCUGGAUGCCUUCCUGGUGACCGAAUUGACAAAGCCAGAAGACGCACAGCAGCUGCUCCGCUACUUGACCAUAGCGCCACCGCAGAUGCCAGCAUCGCCGCUCUGCUCGGUCGAGGAGGUGGAAGAACGAAUUGCACUGGCAAAGACCGUUGAGGCUCAGUGGCUGCCGUUCAACCGGUCCCUGAACGCGUUUCAGCUCAGCGUUUUGUUUACUCUACCGCUGCCAGCCUUACAUCUCUUAAAGGGAUGGCCCACGGCAACCCGCAAAGCCACAGCGACAGGCGAAGCCACAGCGACAGGCGAAGCCACAGCGACAGGCGAAAAGGUGCACAGAAGCAGCAGAGAGAAACAAAUUUGCCUUCAACGCGACAACGAAUCUUGCAUCUUCAUGCAAACUGCUGACCCAGAGUGUUGUCAUAUUUUCCCCUUUGCCGCGAACUCAAACACAGCCAACGCAGACGAUCUCUUUGACACAGCUGGGGUGGUCAGGGCAGUCGUGGGCGGCCAACAGCAACAUCUCCUGUACCAGGGGGUUGGAUGCACCGACCGUGCCUGGAACAUGAUCUCGCUCAACCGCCAACUGCACAAGUGGUGGGGGCAGGGCCUCUUCGCUCUCAAGUGCACCGGCGUCGUGCCCGUCCUCGACGGCCAGGGCAACAGCGAUGGAGACGUGGUGCUGCAGCUGUACUGGCUGCCGCAGCGGAUAGCGCAUGCGGGCACGGAGGCAAAGGCGAGCGCAAAGAAGAAUAUGUGGCGCCAGCCCAUUCGCAUGGACACCGGCGAGGGUGAAGCCUGGUGGACCGAAUGGUCCGAGCAGCUGUAUUCCGGCGUUGUGGCACCGGCCAACAGCGGCGGUACCACGGGUGGCCGUCACGUGACCGCGGCUGUCGCGCCUACAAGUCGCCUCCUUCUGACGGGCGCAACAGCAACACUGCGCAUGCCUCUCGAAGAGGCAUAUAAUAUGAAGACUAUGGCCGACCUGCAGUGGGCGUGUCUGGUACUAGCGGCCAUGUCAGGUGCAGCGGGGUCGCCAGAGUUCCUGCACUAUGACGACGACGAAGGCGACGUGGGCGAUGCUGCAUCCGCAACUUAUUCGGGAGCAUCGACGGAUUAGAUAUCCUCUGCGCUACCACUGCGCGUGCCAGCGUCUUUGGGCCUUGCAGCAAAUACACCGUCCGCUGCCCCUAAGUCUACCGCCACCGCCCAAGUGCAGGGACCUUCGCCCAUGCCGGUGCCCGUGCCUGUUCCGCGGCGUGAUAAGCUAUCCUGGAUUCCCCGACUGACGCCCAUGCCAACGCCCAAACCUACAUCGCCUUCAACGUCCGCUUCGGGGAAGAAAAGCGCGCGGCUGCAACGAGAGCCGAUUGCCGGAAAGCUGCAUGAGGCUAGCAGGUCGGUAGAUACUGUCAGGGGAGCCACGCCUCGCGCUCAAAAGCCUCGGUGGAGGGUGUGAGGUGGUGCCUAUAUACUGAGUGGAGGUAACUCCUCGAGAUGCCUACCAUUAGUUAUCCUAUUCAUGACGAAGGUAAGGUACCCAUGUACUUAGCUGAGAUUGCACGAGGACGAAGCUACGAAAAGCUAUAGUACUUAGUCGAAAGUAGAAGUAAAGUAAGUAAUAUGACAAGGAGAGUAAGUUUUUACUUUCUACUUUUUAAAACUUAUUGAUUUUUAAACGUUAAUAUUGAAUAGGAGCAGCGUGGGCACGCUGUGAUGGAGGCAUGAAACGGCUACCCAACUGCCAACAACUGGCCCAGUGCCGAUCAGACCUAGAUUAUAGCUGUAAA